AUGGGCGCGCGGGAUAACGUCAGUCAACAAGGUGCACCCCGUACGAAAGCCUCGUCUGCCGACGAACCAAAACGGAUGCCGAUGCAGGGGGCGGCGUGGAGAGACCUGGCGACAAUAGCAAAAAUGAGAGGCGAAGCACUCGAACUGCAGUCGACUGGGCAUCUUUGCGUGCCCAUGGACGCCGCCGCCCAAGCUCUGCCCGUCUGCAUCGAGAUGCAAUGGCCACUCUCCUCUAGACCAGGACCCCCUCUAAUCUACCGCCGUGGGCAGUAUUCGACAUGCAUGGCGUCGUCGGUUGCGCGAUUAUCCAGCGGCUAUCGAGGUUGCAAAAAGAGGAGAAUGUACAGUGAGCGAGGAGAAGCCAAUGCCGCGGGCGAAUCUGAUGCCUUAGAGUACAUACUGCAUGUCGUCCAAAAGGUGGGGGGCACAUAUGAGCACUCGUCACGUGAUGUCCUUAUCUGUCAACAUGCGCCAAGCGUGCUAGCAGGAAACCGAGACGACUUUGAGUAA